GCCCCCUUUCUUCUUGCACGCGCCCUGUACGUGCACGCGGCUCCCUUCUCAACGGGUCAAGCGCAAGUUCGGGAGCCAUUUUAGAUCAUCGUGAAGUUGCAGCCGUCAACUGUCACCGGAUUAUUUGGACGUAUGAUGGACGAAAACUCCGACCAUGCAGUGACAGUGUUGACAACAUUUGCAGUAAAGUGUUCAGCAGAGAGAGAGUCUUUGGAGCAGCAUCUCAGUGAGACACAGAUCAACCCGUAUGAAUGAUCGAGAGCUUCCUUUAUCUCUGGCUGCCUGCACCAACUGGCCGACAUCAUUUCCUUCCUCAUGGACGACCUGUACACAAGAGUUGACCUGGCUGACAAAGACUUGCAGGGAAACACGUCUUACAUGCUUUGGUCACAGCACACAACUCAACAGAAAACCAAACAUGAUUGAAAGGAUGUACGACAAGAUCGUCAUUCAGCACAACAAACUAUAUAAGAAAAAGUCUCACCCUGGCCAAUAUCAAAUACGCCAUAUGGACUUCGAGAAAACUGCUGGCGGGAAAAAUGACACCAUCGAGGUUCUCCUCAGUAUACCUGAGAAAACUGGAGAUUUAGAAAAUCUGACCAACACAUCUUACACAGAAUAUAAAUAAAUGUCAGCAGAUCUGCAAACCAAAGGCAACAGGAAUUUCUUUCAGCAUAAAUCAGGACAGGGCUUUUAUUUUGGUAGGUAAUUAAAUCCCCCCAAAAAUAAGUCCCAUAAACUAUAUUUGCAAACCUCAUCACUAAAACAAAAAACUCCCUCCGUGUCCUUGUCACGUGUGGGCCUGUAAUGGUUGUUUUCUCUCUCCCUCUGCCUGUUCUUUCGCUGUCUCUCUCAGGAAGACACACCUGUCCAGGUGUUAUUAAUUACCUGAUGACACGUUUAAGGAGGAUUGAGUGGAAGUCUCCCUCUCUCAGGAGCCACUGCCCAGCUCACAUUGAAAGGGGGAUAUUUUUCCCUUUUGCCUUUUUCCCCCACGUUUUUCAGUGCUGGGGUUUUGUUUUGUUAGUGUGGAGAUCACUGGUAGUCCAGUUUUCGGUUUUCUUUGGUUCAUUUAGGGUUAGAUUAAUUUCCUUGAUAGUUUAGAGGGGAUAGCUGAGUGUGACGGCUGGCUCAGUGAUUUCCCCUUUUGUUUAUUUCAGCUGGGAUCUCCAACCUUUCUCACAUGGCUUUUGGACAGUAUGUGGUCAUUGCACGUAUUUUUAUGCUUCCAGUCAACUGAUUGUUGGCAGAAUAUGCAAACUGCUUUCUGGAACUGUUUGGCUCUGUACUGAGGGGUUGAUGUUGAGUUUCUCUGUUUUUUCGUUGACGAAGACGGUGCCGUGGGCAGCCGCUUCUCCAUGCUUACAUUGUUUUGAAGGGGGAGUGGCUCAGUCUGUGGACAGGGCUUGUUGUGCCACCCAGAUUUGCUUCCCUCUGUGCAGCUUUGCCCAGACAUCUGUUCUUCUUCCACAUAAAAACAGCAUUUCAGUGAAAUUAUGUCAAAUUCUGCGUUAAAAAAAAAAAAAAAAAAAGAUUCCAUUUUAAUUGGCCAAUUCCAUGAUCUCGGAAAUCAUAGGGCCCUGCCUUUUUGGUAGGUAGGUCCUUCUGAUUUCAAAAUAAAAAUUUGGUUUGACCAUUCGCUUGAUGUGUGAGCAUCCUUUUUUAAUAUGUUACACCCUCUCUGUGAGUCUUUUUAUUAGAGGGUCUGAAUAUAUUUCGGGAGCUCGUCCAAAAACACACACACAGACCUAUGAAACAAAGCUGUGUGUGGGUUAGUUGCUGAUGGCUCUGUCUUUUUUUCAUCUCAGCUGUGUAGCUUGUUGUUACAAGUUGUGCAAGUGUAACUGUUUCUCUCCACAUGUUUUGAUGGUUGGUGCUGUGGGUGUUGCGUUGAUGCUUUGUGUAGGUAGCUCUCGAUUUGAUGAGUGGCUACACAUAUUGUGUGUACCUGGUAAGGUUGUGUUGGAUACUCCGAUUGUUUUGUUUCGUUGGGCAGUGAUUACUUGCAUGUUUUUGGCGUUUCAGUUUAUUUUUUUGCGUGUGUGUCUGGUGAUUGACUGCUCCAGAUGGAAUUCAUCCUUGAGGAGUUUGUGGCACGUCCCAGCAUUGAUCAAUUCCACCGUUGCACUAAGGAGCAAUUGUGUGUGUGUUUGUGAUUGCUGAUCACUUUGAUGUAGUAUCUGUAUCUGUCUGUAAACAGUUGCGGAAGCAGGAGAUCAAAAAUGUUUUGUGGUCUGCCUUUUUUAACCAAUGAGUUUUGCCUUGUGAUACUGCUGUGCAGGUUAUGAGCUCACAGGUUGCCAAGCCAAACUCAGAAGAAAUGCUCAGAUUAAGGGAGUUAAGUAUUGAGAUGCACCGCUUAUAUUUAAAAGAGAAGGAACUCAAUAAUGAAUUGGAGUUGAGGAAGAUGGAAGAGGAAACUAAAAGGCAGCUUCAUUUGACGGAGCUUGACCUGAGACAGUCUUCCUGAUUUGUUUUUAUCUGACUGUCCUUCUGAUUACUUGGUAUAAACAAGUAUAUUCGUCUUGUUCCUUAUCUUUGUGAGAGGGACAUAGAUAAGUACUUUAUUUUGUUUGAGUGUGUCGCGGAUACAUCAAAGUGGCCUAGAAAUGUCUGGUCCUUGCUUCUUCAGUGUGUUUACAGGUAAGGUUCAAGAUGCCUAUGCGUCUGUAUCAUCUGACCUGAGUCAACACUUUGAGGUUGUUAAAACUACGGGGCUUGGUGCCUAUGAAUUGGUGCCUGAGUCAUAUCACCAAAAAUUCUGCCGUUUUAGGAAAACUGAUAGUAAGACUUGAGUGGAAUUUGGCUGUGACAAAGCAGCUCUCUGACUGUUGGUGUCACUCUAAAGGGGUUAAUGACUUUAAGAAAUUGUGUAACGUGAUACUUUUGGAGGAUUUCAGAAACUGUGUGCCAGAUAGAAUUUCUAUUUACAAUGAGCAAAAAGUCUCCUUUCCUGGUCCCUGCCAAAGAUGGAGUGAUCCGAUACUGCACUUGCUGUCGAGUUGUAUGAGGUCUCUCCUCUAAUGAAAACUCUGCUGUGGGGGGUUGGUUAGUGCUGACAACACUCUGAUGAUGACAGAGGACAGACAAACCUUGAUCCGUCACAUUCUUGGCUGACAAGGCUUCCUGUCUCCUUAUGAACUCAGCAACACACUUCGAGUUUACUCUCAGGAUAGGGGUCCUGAGUUUGCUGAGUUCAGGGUCGUCGACUGUCACUCUCUGCGGCACACGCUGAUACAGUUUGGUGAUCUGAUGCUUUUGUGAUGACCCUCGAGCCUUUGCACCACAGUCAGAAUGAAGCCACAGCUGUUUAAUUUAAUGAGUACAUCACGUGGUUUUUCCUGGAGUCCAACAGGCGGGCGGUUGAGUAAUGCUUACUGACCUUAAGCUUUGUACCAGAGAUGAAUUAACCAGGUCACCUUUAGUGCAUCUGAACAGAACAUUACCCCAACAUGCUGAGUAGAGGCUGUCAAAAUGCUGGAUGCUGCGAUUGUGGAAAUCAAGCUUGUUCCAGCCGCUGAUGGCUCGCUGUCUCAUGGCUUCACUGAGAACCAGCUGUCCCUCCUCCUGAGAGACUCACCUGAGUGUUAAAACAGCAGGGAACAUGGCUCUGUGAGCUGGACUGAGCUGGCUUAUUAUUGCUGCAUCCCAGGCCAGGAAGCUGUUGAUGGCAUGUUCUUUUGAGUCCUGGGCAGCUUUCCUGCAUGUGCUACAGGCCAGGACCUCCAUCAGCAUGGAGUACCAGCCGGACAUGUGGCAGAUCUGCCUGACAGCUUUUGAGUAGCCACAGCAGUAAAGAAAAGUGUCCUUCUUGGCACAGACAGGGCACUCAGACCUGGGACAGUGAAGACUGUAACCUCACACACUUGCUGGUCUCCAGGGAAACACUCGGCUGUGGAAGAAUGAGUCUGCUGAGGGCACUCCUCCUCCCACCACCACUUUCCUUUUCCUGAUGAUGCCGAACUUGUCCUCAAAUGACAUUUGGUGUUGGAAGAGCCCUCUAUCAGCGUCCUCUUUCUCGGGGAGCCCCUUAGGACCAGACUCCCACAUUCUGUGCCACCCCUCAUAUGUCACCUGGUUGAACAACAAAGACAAGACCUUCAUUUACCAACCAGGAAAUAAUCAGACUGUAAGGCUGUACUUUCCCGUUCCAUUAAGCUGCAUGUUCAAGUGGAGCAGCUACUGCCUCCUCAGUCAGUGGUGUUUGUUUGUCUGCAGCUCUGCACCAGUCACAUCAGAUGUUGUCCCUUGUUGACCACCAGGAGCAGACAGAGGAGCCAGUAAAGAAAUCAGUGUAUUAGUAUGAAACCUAAACGUUGCCAUGAUCAGUGUAAUCUUUGAACUGUGGGCUUACAGGUGAUGGUGGAGUGGUUUCUGUCUGUGACGGCUGUGCAGGCUGUAGUUGGGAGGCAGCAUCUGGAGGCGUCAGGUCAGUGUCCACUGAAAGGAAAUCAGGACAAAAUCUGAUGCAGUCAUGAGGACAAAAAUCUGUGUCAAAGCAGCUAAAGGACCGAACUGUAGAACCAUCCUCAGUGUUAUUCUGUUGCUGGUUUUAUUAGAUACAGAUUCUGCAUUAAUGAGGUUCACACGGUAAUAUUAAUCCAAGUAGAUAAACUGAUGUACCUUGACUUUGAAAAGUGUCGAGUGCCUCAGCCAGCAGAGCAUCAUCUGCCUGGUCGUCAUCACCUCUGAUCCCUCAGGAGCCUCUUUUUGUGGAGAUUUUUGUAAUGUGCCAUUUGAGUACAGACUUGAGGUUUGUCAUAUGAACAGCACUAUGCUUUUACCCAAAUGAGCCUUGACCUACCUCUUUUUCUUUAUUUUAAAUAUAGUACCUUAAGCGUUUCAGUGACUUGGAUGAGAUGUCAUCUUCCUUCAUUAGGAGCCACUGUCUAAUGGAGCAGAAAGCCUCCUGAGACAUCUUUCUCUUGUGGUCGCUUCCGGCUUGAGGAUCCGCCUGGGGGCACUUGUGAAGGCUGUACCACCGCCACAUCUCUUGGAAGGCAAAGGACCUGAAGCGCCCCUGUCCAUAAAUGGUCCUGUCCACGUUUUGCUCCAGGUGGAGGUAAUGCUUCACCCACUCAGCCUGAAUUGGACCUUUCUGGGUGGCAGGUCUCCUUGAUAUGGCAAUCGAGGAUUGUAAAAUACUACUGUUCUACUUAAAAACAAAACAAAACAAAACAAAAGUACAGGCUUGAGGUUUGUCAUAUGAACUGCACCCUGCUUUUUACUUAAGGGGCCUUGACCUACCUCUUCACCUCUUCACCUCUUUAGCUCUUCAGUGCCUUGAAAGAGAUGUCUUUCACAACGAGCUGUCUGUCUAUGGAGCAGAAAGCCUCCUAAGCCAACUUUCACUCUUGGUUACUUCCAGCUUGAGGAUCAGCUUGAAUUUUAGAAUUUUCAAGCCUUUAUCUGAGCAUAGUAGCUGCUUUUCAUCAAGGAUGCCUUAAGCACAUAUGUGCUAUGAUUUAAGUGCUAAGUAUACAAACAUACAAAUGCAUAUACUUUUUUUUCCUUCUGCAGUCAAGCAGAGGUCAUGUUUGAGCUGGUGACUGUUUCGUAGAGUCACGAGAAGCACUUAAAGAAAAACAAACAAUACAACUUUUGGUUUCUUUCUGUCUCUCCAGUGGAGCAGCAGGGUUACCCUGCGGUGAUAUCUGCGGUGUCUUAAAAAGUAUUAAAAGGUGAUAAAUCAAUUUUGGGAAAAUUAAGACCCUUAAAAAGUAUUAAAGUCUUUUCACGACUUUACUAAGUCUUAAAUUUUGCAUUUUUUUCUGAAUGCACUGUCCAAGAGUUUGGGUCCUAAAGACAUGUAAUCGUGUGAGAAUUUAUUCAUUUCAUUAAAAACACAAAGAUGAACCGGUACAUAAAACUACGGUAUUGUUGGUGCGUUUGUAAAUUGUCUCAGAGAGCGCCAGAAUGCACUUGGAAAUUCACCAAGUACGCUCUGGCGCACCACCACAACCUAAUGCCGUCAAACUACCACCGGCAACCGCACCUGAACAUAACGGCGAUGACUUCGGCUCACUCUGCCUCCUCAUUUUCUGCCGACAUCAGGGUGGCGCUGGGCGGCACGGCAACACUGCGUGCGGAGAUGUUGUAUCAUAGUGGUCUAGUGGUCUGUAGUCUUCAUCACAGACUAAAACUGUUAAGUGUCACUGAUUAUAUUGUAUAUUAUUAUAUAUGUAUAUAUUGAAGUGGCAGUGAGGUAUUAAAAAACAUUGGGAUGGUCUUGAAAAAGUCUUAAAAAGGUAUUAAAAUUAGCUUCAGGAUUCCUGUGUAUAUAUACCCUGCCAUGGCAAUAUAGUUAAACAAAAGGUUAACACAACAAAGACGGUCCCUAUUAAACAGACAGACUCCCUCCUAAAAGGUCUGAGAGUGGUCCAACAUGGAGAGGAAAAAAAACUGGGCCAGCACCCUCCUUGAGGCCUGGGAGCGGUCCAAAGCUCCAAAACAAACAGCCAACCAAACAAAAAAGAAACCUUGAAGGGGGGAUAUGUGAUAAUCAUCUGCUGUCCCACCCUGCCUGUCUCCACUUGGGCGCUGGUGGUUCUGUUAGGUGUUCUGGAGUGGUAGCUCUCGCUUGAGUUUCCAGCAGCCCUGUUAAUCCCUACUAUGAAUCACUUCAUCAUCAUCAUUAUAGCUGAUAUUAUACUCGCCAUACCAAGAAAUACCAAGAUGCUGCUUCUGUCAUAUCUGCAGUGAUCAGCUGGUGUUUCUUCUGAGCUGAAACAAGGAGUGUCGUCAGCUGAUUGAGCUCAGCUGGGUGUGAUGUGUUCACUCUCUGUCCCUUCAUACAGCUGGCAUCCACUCCGUACCACUGUCUUUUUUUAUGAGUCGUGUUGACUUUAGUUUGAUAAAUUACCCCAUUUCUAUGUAAAAUCUCUUGCAUGGUCUCCUUUUAUGAAACGGGGAGUUGGCUCAGAUCCAAACCUGUUAGGGAAAUGUUAAAUGUUUGUUCUGUUGUUUUUAAAGUGGUUACUUCUGCAGAGUUUGUUUUGGUGGAACAGCAUUUGUGUUGAAGUUCUGGUACAGGUAAUUGCUGACCACAGCCACACCUUAGUUAGUUAUGAGUUCCCUUUGUAGGCUGAAGUGGUUGAUGUCAGCAUGAGACCAACCAGUUUUUCAUUUUACUUGUGAGGUGGAGAACAUGGGAAAAUACUUUGUUACUGGAGUAUCUGUUCCGAGACUUGGUGUGGGAUUAGUCAGUUAACAUAAGCAGGUAGAGCUGGAGGUGCUGUGACUGUGUUUUGGCCAUCUUUAGUUUCACUGUCGUACAUGUCCAGUAUGUUUAUGCUGCAUUAUGGGUUGGUAAUAAACAUUGAGUGAAGCGUAUCUUAGAAUGUGUUCUUUGUCCCUUGUCAUCUAAAAUAUACAACAAGUUUACUGAAAAGGCCUCCAGUCAUCAGAUGUCAGAACAAAAGAGCAACCUUGGAAUGUGGUCAGACGGGAGAAUCGAAUCAUUUGUGUGACAAUGACAAAGCUGCAAAAACCUGUGAUGCUACCAGGUCAGUGUGGACCAGAACCUCAAACCAGAACAAAGUAAACUGAGUAAAGAAGCUAAAACGGACAUCAAAGUGUUUUUUAACAUCAGCUGGGCUACAACUUGGAUUUUCUUUUGUUUUUUCUCAAUUAAUUGAUCAGAAGUUUGCUCUACAAAAUGUCAGUGUUUUUUUUUUGUUUGUUUUUUGUUUUUUUUAAACCCAAGAUGACUUCCUCAAAUGUAAUGCUUUGUCCACAACCCCCAAAGAGUUUACUGCCGCAAAAGAAGAAGGAAACAAGAAAUUUUGGUGGAUUAUCAAAAUAGUUGGUUAUGAAUUUGAUAGUUUACAGUGAAUCUUUUAAUCUUUGCAGCUCUUUUCAGCUGUACUGAGCAUCAAACGGCCCCAAAAACUAAAAAUGUAAUAAAACAGGUGGUUUAAAAAAAAUAAACAUCCAGUAGGUGAACUCUGAUCUGAAGCCUGCUCUCAUUUUCUACCAGUGGAGCAGUGUUGUUAGGCAAACAAAAGACUUCCCCUCUGGGCAAAGGGAGGAGCGUGACCAAGGUAACAUCCUCCACACCUCAGUGACGCCCAUGACCUUUUUGCAAUUCUACACCUGUGCUGUUUAUCACAGCUCAUGAGCUGCUUACGGAAGCAAGGACUGUAUGUCAUACUCGAUUAAGACUUUACUUUUAACAAAAAAACAUGAAUGACGGACGGCCACCAGACGAUGUGGACCCAAACAAAGACCAGGACAAGGAGGGGGAUGGUCUGGAUUGGCUCCUGGAAGACGGCCCAGAGAUAGCUCAUGUACCUAUGGAUACCAACGUCUUACUAUCCAGACCACCCAGUGACAGCCUUGACAACAUUUGCAGUAAAGCGUUCAGCAGAGAGAGAGUCUUCGAAGCAGCGUCUCAGGGAGACACAGAUCAGCUCAAUGGUCUGCUCGACUACCUGAUGGUCAAUAAAAAGCAACUUACGAGCCCAGAAUACACAGAUCAAACAAACGGGAAAACUGCCCUCCUGAAAGCUCUGCUGAAUCUAAAGGACGGAAAAAAUGACACCAUCGAGGUUCUCCUCGAUAUAGCUGAGAAAACUGGAGAUUUAGAAAAUCUGAUCAACGCGUCUUACACAGAUCCUUGUUACAAAGGUCAGACGGCCCUGCACAUCGCCAUCGAGAGAAGAAGCUUUGACCUUGUGAAGUUGCUCGUCCAGAAAGGAGCAGAUGUGCAAGCCAAAGCCGACGGGAACUUCUUCCAGCGUAAAGCAGGACUGGGCUUUUACUUUGGAGAGCUUCCUUUAUCUCUGGCUGCCUGCACCAACCAGCCCGACAUCGUGUCCUUCCUCAUGGACAACCCGUACACAAGAGCUGACCUGACGGACAAAGACUCGCAGGGAAACACCACCUUGCAUGCUUUAGUGGUCAUUGCAGACAACACGACAGAAAACACAGAUAUGAUUGAAAGAAUGUACGACCAGAUCCUCAUUCAGCACAACAAACUUCAGGGGAAAAAAGUCCAGUUAGAAGCAAUCGAGAACAAUCAGGGUUUAACUCCUCUGAAGUUAGCUGCCAAGCUGGGCAAGAUUGGGCUGUUCAGGCACAUACUGCACCGGGAAUUCACCGAUGAGGCGAUGAGGCCGCUGUGCAGGAAGUUCACAGAGUGGGUGUAUGGACCGGUCCACUCCUCUCUUUAUGACCUGAGCUCCAUUGACACCAACGAGGAAAAGUCUGUGUUGGAGAUCGUCGUCUUUGGGAGUGACAUUCCGAAUCGUCCUGAGAUGCUCAAGAUCGAACCUCUACGCAGUCUUCUGGAGGAUAAGUGGGACCGAUUUGCUGCCAAAUUAUUCUUGAUGAACUUCUUGGUUUACCUGGUGUACCUGAUCAUCUUCACUGUCGUGGCUGUCUACAGAAAGGAAGGACAGCCACCGUUUGCCAUCGAAGACGUCCCGCUGGACUACUUCCGCAGCCUUGGUGAGGCCAUCAGCGUCUUUGGAGCCAUGUGGUUUUUCUACAAAGCGAUUACUAUUUUCAAGAGGAACCCCCCAAACUUCAGGGCUCUGUACACGGAUGGAUUCAGUGACAUUCUGUUCUUCCUGCAGGCCACGUUCCUUCUGCUCUGUGCCGUUCUGUACGGCUGUGGAUGGAGAGAGUACCUCAGCUUCCUCGUGUUCUCGCUGGCGUUCGCCUGGAUCAAUGUCCUCUACUACUCGAGAGGCUAUAAGCAGCUGGGGAUGUACAGCGUCAUGAUGCAAAGAAUGAUCCUCAGCGACCUGCUUCACUUUUUGUGCGUCUACUCCGUCCUGCUUCUUGGAUUUUCUGCUGCCAUCGUCGCCCUCAUAGACGACUCCUUUCCCGAUCCUGGAAAUACGACCGACGACACACCGGCACAAGGAAGGAUGUUUAAUGCAGAACCUUUCGAGUGCAAGAAGCCAAGUUUCAAUGACAUCAGUUAUACAAUCCUGGAGCUGUUCAAGUUCACCAUUGGAAUGGGAGAUCUGCAGUUCACCGAUCACGUUCAGUACAAGGAGGUCUUCUACAUCCUGCUCAUCUUGUACAUCGUCCUCACUUACAUCCUGCUGCUCAACAUGCUGAUCGCCUUGAUGGGCCACACGGUCGAGAGGAUCUCUGAGGAAAGUGAAAACAUCUGGAACCUGCAGAGGGCGUUCACAAUUUUGGACAUGGAGCGGACUCUUCCCCGCUGCCUGACGACUAAACUGUACGCUGGAAUGUCAAAGAUGGUUUGUGUGAAGAACAACGAGCAGGACGAGGAGCGCCGAUUUUUCAGGGUGGAGGAGAUGAACUGGAAACAGUGGAGGUCCGAUCUUGGAUAUAUCGAGGAGGAAGAUCCUGGAGAUCGUAUGAUGAGGCCACAACCACAAUCCAAAGACCCGACUCCUGGGAAUCGGUGGGGCCUGAGUCCACUCCUGCAGAGAAUUCGUGCCAGACGUCUCCAACCACGGUUUUCCAGCAAUCUGUAGCUUCAUCAGAACAUCAAAGUCCAAAAGUGUUGAGUUUAUUUUUUAAAGUUUGAAACAGUUUAAGGGGAGAAACCACAGGGGAAAACAUUGUUGUUGAGAUGGGGGAUAUUUUGCCUCCAUUACAUGUUGAUCUAGUGUUUGAUUGUGUCCAAGUUCCUGUUUUAUAUUGUCUGUAUGUUGUUAAACGUAUUUAUUUCAGA